AUGGCGCCAAGUCAAACAAAGGCGGUGGUAGCCGUGCUGUUGCUGCUAAUGCGCCUGCCGGAGGCUGCACGUGCGGCGAACGUGCUGGUGGUGUUCCCCAUGGGGGCACGCAGCCACUGGAACCUGGGUCGUGCCAUAGCCAUGGGCCUUCACGCGCAAGGUCACCACAUCACUGCCGUCACGCCCUUCUCUGGACAGGGGCCACCCACCAACUGGACCGACGUCCCCUUACCCAACCUCAUACACUUCUUUGGCCAUACGUCAGGCUUAUUUGAUCUCGGAAAGACAAACGAUUUUCAAAUGUUCGUUGAACUGGUCAACUACGGAGUAAACUCGUGCGAGGUCUACCUUCAAGAUGAAAACUUUAAGCGGCUGCUCAAAUCUGGUGACAAGUUCGACGUCAUGAUCAUGGAAGAAUUCUUCUGCGAGUGCCUCCUGCCCCUGGCACACAAAUUCGAUAUUCCCGUCAUAGGAUUCACCACGUUCGCGCCGAGUGCGUGGCAAGGUGACAUUGUCGGAAAUCCAAGUCCAUAUUCUUACGUACCUGACACGUUUCUUACUUACACCGAUCACAUGACUUUCUUCGAGAGAUUGCACAACACCUUGUACGUAUUGUUCUGUAAGGUGAUCCGCGAGAUGUACAUGAUGCCCAGGCAGGAAGCCCUGGUGCAGAAGUACUUGCCCGAUCUGAAGAUGCCCAGUCUAUUCGAGAUGGAAAAGAGGACUUCCAUGGUGCUCACCAACAGCCACUUUAGUCUGUUCUACCCGAAACCGCUUGUACCUGCCAUGGUCGAAGUUGGGGGGAUGCAUGUCAGUCUACCGAAAAAGCUGCCACAGGACCUGCAGGAAUUUCUCGACGGUGCGAAAGACGGAGCAAUACUCUUCAGCAUGGGAUCGAACCUAAAAAGUGCUGAUCUUCCUGAGGAGAAGAGACUGGCUAUUGUGGAGACAUUCUCGAAGCUCAAGCAACGUGUUCUCUUCAAAUGGGAGGCAGAAACGUUUCCAGGGAAACCGACUAACAUGAAAGUUGGGAAGUGGCUGCCACAAUCUGAUAUACUGGCGCACAAGAACGUAAGACUCUUCAUAACACACGGCGGCCUGCUAAGUACGCUCGAAGCUAUGUAUCAUGGUGUACCAGUGAUCGGUAUUCCUAUAUUUUGUGAUCAAGAACUCAACAUGCUUCAAGCGGAAGCCAAAGGAUACGGGCUAAAACUCCACUUUAGCAAUAUCACGUCGGAUACAUUCUCUUGGACAAUCUCGGAAGUGCUCAAUAAUUCACGAUACAAGAAGAGAGCCCAGGAGCUGUCACGGCUGUUCCAUGACAGGCCCCGCACGCCCCUGGAGGAGGUGGUGUACUGGACGGAGUACGUGGUGCGCCACAAGGGAGCGCCACACAUGAGGUCAGCAUCGCUGGACCUGGCGUGGUACCAGCUGUGCCUACUAGAUGUCGUCGGUGCUGUGGCAGCCGCCGCUGCACUGGCGCUCUGGAUUCUGGUGGUCGUGCUCAGAACUCUGUUCAGGCUGCUCGGCGUCAGUGGGCCAAAAACAACUGCGAAGGGUUCCACGACUAAAUCAAAGAAACUUGCGUAACACCGAAAAUAAAGUUUUAACUUGUACAAAUACAGUAUUGUUGUAGUUACGAAGAAUUAUUUUGUACUUACUGUACAGUAAAUGUUUAGUAUUUAUUUUACUGA